AUGUUACGGCGUUUCCGAUUUGCUGGACUCAGAUCGUUCCCCAUCCAGCCACACGCCGCCAUCUCUCGCCUCCUUCCGCUACAAAAUGAUCCGCUCACAUUCCUCCGCGCCCUUCCGCGCGCGCCCUCGCGCGCGUUUCCCCCUGAUGCGCGCCCGCGCCACCUCACGGUGGUUGCGGGGCGGCGGAACCACGGGGGGGGCGCGAUGAAGCAGAGACCCAAGGACUGGCGCCCGCAGUCCACCCCCUUCCACGCGCGCAACCGCAGCCCCCGGCGGAACGACCGCGCCGUUCCGCUGGGCCCGCGGGGUGGAAACGGGGGCGAUGGGGGAGACGGUUCCGCGGAGGGCGCAGGGCGGAUGCAGCGCGAUGUGGCGGAUCUGGGCGCGGAUUGGCGGCUGAGGCCGGGGGAAGCCGUGGGAAGAGUUAUGUCCGCGCAGGCCAACUUCGUACGCGUUAUUGUAACGAGAUGCCGUGUAGAAGGCGAGAGAGAGGGCAUCGAGGAGCGAGGAGGGGAGUCGGACCGAAGCAGUAACGGUCACUCACCCCAAGAUGGGCAAAGGGAGACACCAAAGGGCGCAGCAGAGCAGCAAGUGGGGGAGGAGAGACAGCAGGCAGAGGGCGCAGAGGGGAGAGAGGGGAAAGAGGGAACGGAGAGAAGGGAGGGGAGGGAGGAGGAGAGGGAGGGGGGGUUGAGUUGCUGUGUGAUUGAUUGGGCGGCCCGCCAGGCUGUCGUUCAAGACGUUGCGCUGCCCCGGGCAUCUGAAAUUUUGGACCCGCCCGUGGCGAACGCGGACCACCUGCUGCUGCUUUUUUCGCUUGCCCAGCCGCCGCCCGAACCGACAAACGUGAGCCGGUUUCUGGUGGCUGCGGAAGCGACAGGUGUCGCCGUGUCAUUGGUGUUCAACAAGGCGGAUCUAGUGGGAGAAGAGGUAGUGAGAGAGUGGCAGCAGCGGGCAGCGGAAUGGGGUUACCAGAUGCUCACAUGCAGUGUGGAACAGCAAAUCGGAAUCCGCCACCUGGCGGGCCCAGGAGGGCUCCUGGCUGGUCGCACUACAGUGAUCGCAGGACCAAGUGGGCCUUCCCUCGCCAACGUGACCUCCUCCGACCUCCCCAUGCUCUUCCCCGAGAUUCGUUCCCGCCUAGCCGCCUCCCCCACCCCCUGUGCAUUCGCCGACUGUCGCCACAUCAGUGAGCCUGGAUGUGCGGUGGACAGCGGUUGGGAGCGGUAUCGGCACUACGUGAUGUUAAUGGAUGAGAUUAGAGCGCGGGAAGCAGCUGAAAUCCGGGCCGUUGGUACGAAGAGGGAGGGGGAUGUGAGGUUGAAGAGUGGGGGGUAUGGGGUGGUGGUGGCAGAACCGAGACUAGAAGCAAAGAAGCACAGGAGGGAGUCUAGAAAGAAAGGGAAGCAGUUGCUGCUGCAACAACUGGCGGCAGAGGAAGAGGAGGAUGAUGAGGAGGAGGGAGUGGGGUUUGUAGGAGAGUAUGAGGGGAGUGGGAAGAGGCGGUGA